CUUACUCGCAACUCAUCAUGAUUGACUAUCUUCUAGGCAGACCAAGUCCAUCUUGGAAACGCACUCAGGUCUUUCUCGUCAUCAUUUUCUGGAUUUGGCGGUUGGUGUACGGUAGCCCCAAUGCUCCAAGGUUUCUAUGGCUUAGAAGAGCCAAUAGGCGUUUGCAACGUUUCUCGCCUUGGCAGAUCAUUGUUAGUACACUCACUGCGGUGUAUGCUGCUCGAAAUUUGGACAAGAUCACCGGUUUUGGAGCGCCGGAACCUCUGGCUCGUUUGUACUCGCCCUCAUACUAUCGUGCUACAUGGAUUGCGAUUGGCCUUGAUGCUGGAUUUGCUACUGCUAUGUCCAUACGCCCUAAAUGGCUUAAAGACUUCUGCUCUAUCUUAUUUUCCGUCUAUUAUAUCAUCUACGCCAAUGAAGCUGACGAAAAGAUCCGUAGGCACAGAGCUGUUCCGACCGUCGAGAUGCUCAGAACUACUUGGGAGAAGACUACUAACCCAUAUCUCCGUUUAAUUGCGCUGACGCCGCGAAUGUCUCUAUGCAAGAAAUUUCUACUGCCGAGGCCUCCCACGUCGACAUACGACCGUCCUUUAAAGGUGCAUGUGUACUUUGCGCCACCUGCUCCUCAGCUUCGGCAAGCCACGGAUCUCAUACUUGACUUCCCUGGUGGCGGGUUUGUCGCAAUGACUCCGGAACAUCACGAUGAGCGACUGCGCUCCUGGGCGCUACGCACAGGCAAGCCAGUACUCUCCGUUGACUACGGAAAGGCACCAGAAUAUCCAUACCCUUUCGCGAUUGAUGAAUGCUUCGAUGUCUAUCGGGCCAUUGUCAUGUCUACUGGACGAUGCAUUGGCAUGUCUGGGAAGAGACUUAACAUUAUAUUGACAGGAGAUUCUGCCGGUGCAACACUUGUGGUGGGCGUGAUGAUCAAGAUUUUACAACAUAAUGCCGCGCUCCCUGCUACCGUUCCUCUUCCCGCACCUGUCGCGCUUGUGCUGAGCUAUGCAGCGCUAGACUUUAAUUUUACCUCGUGGAUGUCCCCUGAGAACCUCCAGGUCCUGCGCUCGGAGCAGUCCUCGGGUAAUCUUCCGGGCAUACAUGAGUUAGCGUCACAGAAAGACCACUUGCAACACGUCAGCCCGCUGAGUAUGGUGGGGGACCGUAAACACGGGUCCGGACGACGGAAAUUGCAUAGACGCAGGAGCUGGAAAGAUACAUUGUUGGAUUUUACAGGGGUAGACGCUGACGCCGUUAGGUCGAAACAGGUACCAAGUCGGAAUCACUCCACUAAAGAUAGCGCGCGAACGAACCCAAUGCGACACGACGAUAGUGGUUUUUGGGCAGGUUCUGAAAGCGACGAGGACGAACCUGUGAGAGAGGAGGACCGGCCACUCGAGGAUCGUGUACGAUAUGUGUACCCUGAAUGUGUUGGCAGCGGCGAUGGUGCACACUUGCAUCAGACGCUCGAGAAACAGCAGGAACAACUCUCUGCAGCUGUGGCGGAGGCUGAUAACAAAGCGACGUCUACCAAUGGCGAAGACAAGAAGCGCGAACUGAUUGGCACCCGAUUGACAAUGACCAGCCGCACGGGGUAUUUCCAGGAUAGAAUUAUACCUCCCAGCAUGAUGCGCGCGAUGGCUAUCCUUUAUAUCGGUCCCCACCACAACCCGGAUUUUGCCACUGAUUAUUUUAUCUCGCCUAUCCUCACACCUGCGAAACUUCUAGCGCAGUUCCCCCCGCUUCUGAUGCAAUGCGGUGAAAAGGACCCAUUUGUGGACGAUACUGUGAUUUUUGCGGGGCGUGUCCGCGAGGCCAAACGUGCACGCAAAAUUGAAUUGGAGCUUGCACUUUCUGGGAAGAGUGCCCGAUUUGGGGAAACGCUCCAAAUGAGCUCCGCGCACCUCGAAAGUGACGAGGGGCUAGAGAGGUUGAAGAAAGAGAGGGACCAACUUGCGAAGGAGACGGAGGACGACUGGGUGCAAAUGGUGUUAUUUUCUGAUUGGAGUCACGGGUAUCUUCAGAUGAUGUCCCUGAUGAGCGAAGCGCGGGCUGUGGUGGAGGAUUUGGCCGACUGGAUGGAAGAUGCGUUUGUGAGGUACAGCGGUAAAGAAAACGGCAGCCCUUGUGGCAGGGUUGAGGUCAAACCUGUUGAUAAUGCUGGAACAAAGAAGAUCCGGUCACGGAGAAAUUCACCGCAAUCAUCGACUGUUGCUCCGAAACGGGUGAAUGGAGAGGCACACACCGAUGGGAGCCCUAGCCCAUUUACAUCUGAAACGGAGACGGACGACUCGGGUAUCACGUUUGUGGCUAGGAAGCGGCUUACUAUGACGCAGGGAAGUUCUGUGGGCUCUACACCUCCGAUGAGUUCGCGAAGGGAAUCUGGGGAGCUUACUGAGACGUUGUUGCAAGCGCAGAAGCUGGGGCAGUUACGUCGUGGGGAUAUUGAGACGGCGACUAGUACGACGCCUCAGAGCGGUACGCCUCGUGGAGGGAACGGAAAGACAGGACAACGGAUCACGGAGAGUGAAUUAUUGAGACGAAGGAGGUUAUUGGAUGCACAUAUAUUUGAAGGACAAUGUAGUUGAUGAGGAUCGACUGUACUGCUGUAGCUAUAGUUAAUAUUUCGGUUGGCUGGAAUCUAAUUAUGUUCACGGGAUGGGAAAUAACGUUGUGACCGGUACCAUCUCGGGUAGAAAUGGGAACCGGCGGCUAAGUUGAUCGUGUGGCGAUGAGAGCUGUGCUGAGA